GAAGUAGAUAAAUUCAAGUUUCUACCCAGGUACGUCUGGUGGGGAACCCGGCCCGAAGUAAUGAAGGUGGCUGCUGACGCAGGGGGAGACUGGGCUAAGUUCAAGGCAGAAAUGCAGAGGCGGUUCAAGUUAGGGGAUGACUUGUUAACGGAGACGGACUUGGAGAUGUUGCAGCGAGACGAGUUCUCCACGGUGGGAGCCUUCGCGACGACAUUUGAAAAGAUGACAAAGAGAGUCCCAGGGUUGGCGGAGGAGGAACAGUGUGCCACUUUCCUGGGGCACUUCAAGAAUUGGGAGGCCUCGUCGUUGACCAAGAAGGCUACGCCAGGAAAGAAGCUGACUUGGGCCGCCAUAAAGGAGGGCGUGAUAGAAGGAGAACUGGACCAAGUAGACAUCUUCCAAAUGAGACAGGCUAGGAAGAAAAGAAAGGCCUUGGAAGCCACGACGAGCGACGGACGAGACUUUAGAAAAUUGAUAGAAGAUGCAGUGGUCCAGCUCGAAGCAGAGAAAGAGGCAAAAAGGAAAACCAUGGCAGCGCCACAGACCAAAGGCCACACCAUCAAGUUCUGCCACAUUAGGAGGAACGACGAGGAUGAAGGGCUGAUCAGCACCAACUACGAUGGCGAUAUGUACGACAAGUGGGGGUACCACCUGGACCCGAAGAUUCCAGGUGGCACAAGGAAGGAGGCCUUACGCAGGGCGGAAGCAGGUGCACCACCCAAUCCUCCAACCAUGUUUCGGAUAUGGCAGGAGAAAGAGGUCCGUAGCAUUAUCAGGGUGGAGGAGAUAGGUGAAAGCGAAGAGGUGGAGCAGGAAAGGAAAAAUGGCACUACCAAGGGAGAGUCUAUCAUAGUGGACUCCGAUGACGAGAUCGAAGAAGAUUGUUGGGGCAGGCACGCUACAUUUCCUAUCGAGAGUUUCCUGAAGACCUGGAGACGGCAGGACCUCGAGAUGGAACUGACGUUUGAAGAGCUGCUGGCUUUGAGAGCACGGAUGAUCGGCGUCAUUGAGGACAGGAUUGAGGAAGCGGCGAGUAGGACGGCGGACAGUCGUACCAAGGACAAGUUCCGGUGGGAUAAGAUGGCACUACUAAGGAAGGAGCCUCUCAAAGUGGGAGACGUUGUGUUGCUGUAUGACUCAUCCCUGGAGAAGCAGUGGUCUCGAAAGCUGGGCAAGAGGUGGUUGGGACCAUACAGGAUCGCCAGGUGUGGAGAGCACGGCAUGUACCAAAUUGAGGAGCUGAAUGGGACCGCUUGGAAGGAUUGGGUGUCAGACUCGAGGUUGAAGAAAUUUGUCGCUCGAGACGAGAUGAGCCUGGACCCCACAAGCUUGACACCAUUCGGCGAAGCCAUGCCAAGAGGGAAGGGAGGGGCAGGGCCAGUGGGACCCCCUCAGGGGGCAGCCAGACAGAGAGUGCAGGGAUGGACCAGGAGAGAGGACAGGCCACCCAUCUUCAGAGGAGGGAACGUGGAGUUGUUUUUGGUCGAGUUCGAGAAACAUGCCAACGAGUUCAGAUGGGAUGGAGCCAGGAUGCGGAGAGAGGUACGAGGAGAGGGCGAGUGGGCUGAGGCCAUUGCCAGAUAUGUAUGGGAGUCGGCGACCUGGCAGGAGUUCGAAAGGAAGAUGGAAGGGAUACAUCCAUCACCUGUGGGGAGAGAUGGAGUGCCAAUCCGGUUCGAUGGAACGAACCUGGAUGAGUUCUUGUGGGCUUAUGACCAAUUUGCGGUCGAGCAGAACAUUGCACCUGAGACCAGAGAGGAUCAGCCAAUGACAGAGGCAGGACCAGAGGGGCCUCAUGAGUCACCCAGACAAGAGAUGGAUGAGGAUCAGGCUGCAAAAGAAAAGGAGUUGGAAAAACAACAAAGAGCCGCAAGAGAGCAGGAGAUCAAAGCGGAAAUCAGGGGGAAGAACCUUGAAGAACUCCACAAGAGGAUGGAGCAGGGAGAGCGGCCAGUGAACCUAAAGGACAGAAAAGGGAAAAGUGUAAGCAGCCAACAGGAAGAAGAUCCUCCCUUACUCUCAGAAGCAUGGAAGAACUUUGAUAAGUUGAUGGAAGUCGCAAAGGGACCAGGAGCACAUCAGCAGGAGAUGGGGGUGAAGUUGGUCUUUGCAGACUUGCUCACCCUGAAGGGAGUGAUGAAGGAAGGGUUCGCUGCAGCUAAGGCAUCAUAUCAGAAGGUUGGAGAAAGACUCACCAAGGUGGCUUGGAAGGUCUAUGAUCAGAAGGUGGAAUGGGAGCGAGAGAUUAAGGACCUGAAGGAGAAUCAGGAAACGCAAGACCGUGAGCUGAACGCAAUGAAGGAUUCUGCAGAAGACACCUUCAGGAGCCAAAAAGUGGAGGAGAAGGCUGAUCUACAGGAAGGAGAGGAUGUACCUCUGUUGGACAAGGAGAUGCUGCAACCUGAGGAAGUGAGCGCAAAGGAGGAGGCAAAGGGUGAAGAACCUGAAUGGCAGAUGCCCUCAAUCGUGGCACUCCAACGGGCUCGUGGGGGACUUGGUGCGGCACAGCAGGCAGAGAAUGCGAGGGAUGAGAGGAUGUUGCCUAUCACCCAGGAGGCUGCUGAGGAGCAGGUGGUUAAGAGGGUUGAGGUUGAGACUGAGCUGGGAGCAGGUCAGGGGGUCUGCCAGGAGCCUAUUAUACCUCAGGAUAUGCCUAUGGUUGCAGGUUUGGAGGAGGCGUUGGGCUGAUGGGCCAUUGGAUCUAGGUCAGAGGCACGGGCGAGUGGUCCAGUGAUACAGGAAGGAGAUAGAGCCGCCUGCCCCAUUC